AUGAAGAUCGUCAUUAUCGGCGCGGGCAUCUCCGGAUGCGCAAUGUAUCUGGAACUGCAGAAACACCUCCCCAAGCCCUCGGGAGCAGAAAGCCAUGAAAUCGUGAUCUACGAAGCAUACAACACAGAAGCAGAUACAACAGCAGAUCAACGCCCAGAGGGACCCACACAUUCAGCCACCCUCCUAGUGGGAGGCGGCUUGGGCAUUGCGGCGAAUGGCCUGCGCAUCCUCCAACGACUGGAUGAUAGUCUUCUCCAGGACGUCGUGCGCGGAGGAUACGCCGUUUCUUCAUCUAACAUGAAGAGCAAAAAUGGGUCGCUUCUCAUGAGCCUCAAGCCUAGUGUCUCUCCCACCGCUGAUUCUCCACCAAUGAAUAUGUGGUUGCCCGACCGGAUGGGAGAAAUCAGAUAUUCUUCGCGGACUCUAGUCCCCCCCGUCGAAGCAGAUCUUGUCAUCGGCGCAGAUGGUGUCCGAAGUACCGCAAAACGCGCGCUCUUCCCCGAUGCCACUGAAGAUCCUUAUCCACCUCACUAUGAGGGCCUCGUCGGCGUUGGAGGAUUCAUCCCCGCCUCCGAAGUAAAAGACGUCGUGGAAAAGGGAUCCGUGAACUUCAUUUUCGGCGGGAAUGGAUUUUUCGGCUACUUCUUCUCCAACAGCGCGGACGAUGCCCCAAAUCGCGACUCGCCAUACCACAUCUGUGAUCCCGGAGACUCGCUCGCAUGGUGGUCGACCUAUGAAAUCGAAGAAUGCCCCGACCACAAGAAUAUCGACAAGGCAGACGUAACAACGCAGCUCCAAAAGCGGCACGAGGGGUGGAAGGAUCCAGCGAUCCAGAAAAUCCUGGGCUCUCUCGAGGUCGAGAGAAUGUAUCCCACGUGGACCAGUGCUCCCAUCCCGACCUGGGAACGAGACGGCGUCAUUCUAGUUGGCGAUGCAGCUCACGCUUUGCCUCCGAGCUCGGGACAGGGCUCGUCACAGGCUCUUGAAGAUGUGGAGGCUCUCGCGCUUAUCCUGGCGCAUCACCUGCGCAACGAAGUCGAGACCUCGUCAGGGUCGUACAAGACGGUGUUUAAAGCUGCGGCAGGCCAGUAUAUGGAAAUUCGUCAGCCGCAUGUGAGCAAAAUCCUGCAGGCUGCGCAAGAAAAUCAAAAUAAGAAACGGGAGAUGGGCGUUUUCCAGGAAUACAUGAUGUAUGGGUUUUUGAAACUCGUGGGGUUCUUUCCCAGUCUGAUGACGACGAGGUUACGAUCGGUGGUGGAAUACAAUGUGGUAGAUCAUGUCGCUGAGAUAUUAGCGAAGGGAGACUGA